UGUCUAUUUAUAUAACGAUUAUGGCCGAUGCCAACACUUAAGCGUUUGGGCGUAGAAUGUAUGAUGGCAGCAAAUCGGUAUUUGAUUCUCGAUUCUAGCAAGGAAUGUGUUUUUUUUGUGGAACCGAUUUGUGAUCGAUUCCACAUGUUGUUCGACAUGAAUUCUUGAUUCUGAUCAAAGUACAGCACACAUACACACACACACAUUGCCCUGUGUGUGUGUGUGUAUGUAUGCAGGCAAUGUUCAUGAUAUUCGAGCCAAAUGGCUUACCAGGUUGUCGAGUUUUAUGGGCUUGAUGCCAAGUGAGUGAUGGAAUCAAGUUAAGCUAGUCGGUUAUCAUGAUCGUCAUCGACCGAAAACAUGAAAAACAUUGCUUACCUAGUGUGUACAUCCAUCCGGCUGCCAACAUCACAAACAAGAAUUGCUUGCCUGACUGCCUAUGAUGGCUGACUAAAAGAAUUCUUGAUUCUCAAAAAAAAAAAAAAAACAAACAGCCACUAUUCACAAACAUUUCUUUUGGCUGUUUGUGUUUGAAAUUUUUCGAUUGCUCACAACCAUGAUGAAUCAGCAACCAGAAAUGGUGGUCGAUCAGCCGAUUUCGUCUGCCAACGAACAGCCCAAUAUGUCACCACAAUCGGUCGUCGAUUCUGCUUCCAUCACCCAUAGUGCUAUGACCAAGAAUAAAAAAUCAUUGAAGCUCAAAUUGUUGAUGCGACGUCCGAUCGAUGUACUAGUUGAUCAAGGAAUUCUGCCUCCACCUAAAUCAUCACCUGCAUUCUAUGAGCAGAAACAACGUCUGGAACGGGCCAAAACUGGUGACUACCUAAAACACAAGAUUCAGAGACGACCACAAAGAGAUGAACUUGUGCAACAGCAUAUUCUUGAACAGGAAGUAUUCGACCCUUCUUAUUACGAACAAGAACGUAAACUUAAACGGGCUAGACUAGCUGACGAUCUCAAUGAACGGCUUUCGCAUCGUCCAGGCCCACUUGAGCUAAUCAAAGGCAACAUUCUUCAUGCUGAUUUAUCGUUAGAACAAGCAAUCAAAGAAGGACAGAUUACUUUUAAGAAAACCUGUGAAGGUGAAAUCAUUAAGAAUCCACCCAAACGAUUCGUAUUCGAAGAGGAAAGUAGUUCAGAUUCUUCGACACCUUCUCCCUCACUCAACAUUAAUCAGCAGUGCAAUCGUUUGACCAGCGAUCCAUUCAUCUUGUCAAGCACGGCUCCAUCUUCUAGUCUUGUGUCAAUACCGGCGAUCCAAACAGAACCACCACCCACAACCGUAUCAUAUAUUGUGACCACAAACAUAUUGCCUCCAUCACAACCAUCAAAUUCUACAGUUUUCAUAACCACGAAUCCGACCACAGCAGCUCAUAGUCUGGUUCCAUCGAAGAACGUCGCUAGUCUUCAGCCGCCACAGGUAUUAUCUACAGCCACUAUUAAUAGUGGACAAAACUUUGUCAAACCAGCCCAGCAAUUAAUCAAAAGUAUUCAUCAACCUGAAACAAACGCUCAACUCUCUCAACCAAAAUCCAAAUCCAAAAAAGUUAAAUCGAAAACGACGCCCAAAACUCGUGUCAUUAAAUUUCAUGAGUAUACUGGACCACCGAGUGCAAAUAGCGGUCGUGCCAAAAUUCAGACAGGUUGGACAUUAAAUCCAACUUCAACUGAAACAUCUUACGAAUUGCUACUUAAGCAGCAGCAAUUGAUUCUUCAGUGGCAGCUCGAGUCUCAACAACAACAACAACAACAGAAUUCAACGAAUCAACAACCGAUUCCAGCCCCCAAGAAUGACCACGAUAAACCCAAUAGUCCACACAAAACUGCACAAGUUGCCUUGUUUGAUUUUACCGAUCCAAACAUUGUGAUGUCCGAUGUUGCCCACGGCCAGCCCAAUGACUUGAAGACCAAUGUCCAGAAGUCACAAAAUGGAGAUCGAGCUACCAAGAUGAAAAAUAACGAUUCAAAUGGACAAUCGCAACAUCGACAGCAGCAGCCGCAACAACAACAACAACAGCGAACCAGCCCGAUCAAAAGUGCCAACAUGUCAAAUGUGAAAAAAAUCAUUUCGAAAUUGGAGGACAUGAAAGUAAGCGACCUAAAGGCAGAGUUGAAGAAACGUAACCUGCCCGUUUCAGGGGCCAAACAACAAUUGAUCGAAAGACUUAAACCGUUUUCUGAUUCUGUUGUUGUCAACAUUUUAGCCAAUGCUAAUCAAGAAACGUUGAACAUAAUGUCGACAAAAAACUCAACACAGCCUUUCAUCUACCAGCAGAAUGUUGGUAUAAGCCAACCUCUACAACAACCAACAGCCAGAGACUUUGUUUUGCUUGCAACGACCAAUCCUGGUAACAAUGGUCUCAGCGAGCCGGUCACCAUAUUGAACGCUCCAUCGUCCAACAUCACAAUGGACGGUACAACUACUUUGACUAUUCCGAUCGGUCAAACUGCAUUUAUUCCGACAGCCCAAUAUCAGUUACUUCCGUCUAAUGCGGCCAAUUCUAAUCCCAUUGAUGACGGAAAGUAUCGUGUGAAUCCUGCGUCAACGACCAUUCAAUUGCCCAAUAAUUUCCUGAUUAGUGGACCAGGCAGUCAGACGGUGAAUGAUUCAAAUACGAUGACCUUUUUAACAUCACCUCCAAGAACGAUUCAGCUGACACAACUUGCCGAUACGUCGUCAUUGAAUUUCGGUCAGACUAUCGUGCCAACGAACACGGCCAAGUUGGUGAAUAUCGGCCAAAACAAUACCAAUCCUCUGUUUCACCAACUUUUACUCUAUCCUCCUGCAACCACCACCAUUAUCAACUCUAACACUGAGCUUCGACAACAACAAACUCAACCUCAUCGUUCAAAUUCAUUGCCUGCCUCUUCUUUGCAUUCGCUCCAAAGGAACACAUCUUUACCUUUGAUCAUCAAUCAAAUGCCAUUCGAUUCAAACGCCAACAUCAAGCAGGUGGUUAAACAUAAUAACAAAUCGAUACCUGUUGCAAAGAGUUCCAGUAAUGACAAUUUUCUCUUCAAGUUACCAAUGCCAGCUAUCGAUCCACAGCCCAUAAAACACAGCGAUCUGAAUGGUAAAGAACGAUCGUCUGCAUACAAAUCUCUGGAAAGAAUCACGCCUGCCACACCUGCACCAUCUAAUCAAAUGAUGGACACAGUUCCAGUUCUGUCAAAUACCAAAAGUUCUGAUCAACAUAAACAAAUUGAUCCUGUCCACACUACCAGUACAAAUCCACCACCAGCUCAACAGCCACAGCCAGAUUCGACUUCUAAUAUUGAUUUCGAUGAUUUUAUCCUCAACUUUGAUGACCUCAAUGGCUUGGACGAUGUUCCACCACCGCCCAAGUCUAUCAACACGAAUGAUAAAUCAGUGACAACUAACACCAGAGACGAUGGCAUCAUUGAUUUCAACGACAAUUGGCUACUUUCUGAUUACAGUUUUUCGACGUCCGACGAUUCCUAUAUGCAACCAUCAGGAAAGACCAUGAACCAGAUGACUGAUGUGACGAUGGAUUCUACAUCUACCGAUCAGAUGUUAUUUGAACAGAUCCUUGAUAUAGAGCCAACACAACAACAGCAGCACAAUUCGAACAAUGUCAAUGUUAAUUCACAUUCUAAUAUGGCCUUCAAUAUGGACCAAAGUCUGGACGAUUAUACCAACAACAACCAGCAGCAGCCAAUGAUUUCAAAUUCAGAAUAUCAAUUAUACAAUUAUCCUCCUAAUCCAUUGCAACAUUCAUCGACCUCGUCAUCAGCAACAUCAACCUCUUCCUGUUCGACAACAGCAGGUUUGGUAGGCGGCAGCCAUCCGUUAUCUUCUGCCGAUCACUUUGGUGAUCUUUUUUUCAGCAACAAUGGUGAUGAUCUGAACAAAUCAUUGGAUUUUUCCUGUUCGCUUUUUGAAAACAAUAAUGGCAGAAUAGAUUUUGCCACCUGAAUUGUGCAAUAUUUAUUAUGGUCCAUCUCUGGAAUCGUUUUUUUUUUCAUUCCCGCAUGUUGUUGUCAGGUUCUGUAGUUUUGUAUUUUUCAUUUUGAAUUAAUCUAUCUACUGGAUCGACAUAUGUGGACCACACCCUUAAUGUUCAUGUUGCAUACACCAUACAUACAUGAAUGAAUGGCAUUUAUCAUGGCCAAUGAUUAGAUAUGCGAUUGAUAUUGGAUCAAGCUCAUUGAAGAGCGUUUGUUUUUUUUUUUUUUUUUUUGCUUGUCGAUUUGUUGUGAAUCAUUUGAAAUAAAAAUUUUAUUUGCCUAGUCUCUCAUUUGUCAUGGCUGCAUUUGAAUCGCAAUGCAAAUAUCUUUUAAAUUCGCUCGA